UGUCGUGUUUCUACCGUGAAACAGUCGUAUUUGCAUGGCAUGUUUCGGUUUGAAGGGUGGAAUAUGGCAGCGAAUUUACAGGGUAUAGAGGAAUAACACCUGAGUCCUCAGGAAUUGCAAAGCAUGGGCGUAUCAUGGGCGAAACAGUAUACUCUGUUAUUUCCAUGGUACUGCUCAUGUCUAUUGGCGACGGUUAUCACUUUUCAACAGGUAGGCCGUCAGCUUGUUUACCAUUCUAAGUUGCAAAAAAAAAAAACAAAUGUUUCCACUUUCUUAGUAUUAGUUUGGAAAUACGUUAUUAGGUGGCUUAAGUAAUGUGAAACACCAACUUUUAUAUUUUCAUAUUUGGAUAAAUGUUAGUAGUUAGGUAUAUGUCUAUAGGUAGGAUUAUACUGUACAGAUGUAGGUAUACUUGUUGGUUAUAUCAUAAAAAAAGACAAUACCUAGCAAUUAUUCAAGCUUUACAAUGGCAGAUGUAAUGGGUAACCAAAUUCGCACGCCACGGAUCAAAGAGUAUGGUAACAUGGUGCAGCCAAGAUGUAGAGUUUAUCCACCCCGGGACGCUACCGGCUGGGCAACCGUCCGUGACUGUGGACAGCUUUAUUCCGAGCCGGUGCAUUUGUGGUCCGAGCGCGUGCCAACACACCUGCUUCCACUCACCCCUGGAUUGGCGACAGUUCACCCACCUCGACAUGAAGAAGUUCAUUAGGAAGUUACGCGAGCAUAUUACGUUCAAAGACUUACCACCACCGUACCGGGAGACUGAUAGUAACGACAAUGGGCAACAAUCACGGCAAGAGUUACAUAAUUCGAAUAACGCUGCGCCAUGUGAAGUCCUAGAUUUAUUAGUUAAUUGUAAAAUAACGUCUCAAGUUAAUGACGAUUCGGAAUCUCACGUUGAAUACGCAGAGAUCCAAGAGAUGGGUUUAUGGCAUUCGACACCGCUAGCUAAGAGGCAUAAAUCCAAAAUAUCUCUAACGUGGGUGCUGAAGGAGAAUAUUGAAAAUAACAAGUUACCGCAAAAAGGACAAACUGAGGAAAAAUCAAAAAAAGUUAUCGGAAGUGAUGUAGAUCGACAUCAAAGGCACAACCAAAAAUUUAAUGAAGCCGAUCAAGCUAAGUGUAAGAGUGGGGAGAUGAAGGAUAGAGUGAUGGGGCGCAACGAAUAUUAUCACAACUAUAGGUUUAAGAGUGCAUGCGAUGAGUUUGUAAACGGACAGAAUACAUGUUCUGAUACAAGUGUUGGUACUGAGGAGUAUUUACGGAGAAAACACAGGCAUCGGCACAGGAGGAAGAAAAAACAUCAAAACAACAAAUUUGGCUACGAUAUUAGGGAUUUGGACAGCUUUUUAAGUGCGGCAUCCAUAGACCGUCCGGGGAACAUUCCCGUGGUGGUGGCGUAUCCUACCACUUUGUACCAGACGCAGAAGGACAAGCAGAGGGAGUUGACGCUGCCACUUGGUACAGUUGUGAAUGCAGUGUUCAAAAACCAACUCUGGUUAUACGUGCAAACUCCACAUGGUGAAGAGGGUUAUGUUUUGUACAGCGCAUGCCUACCGUUGGGAAUAUUGCCUAAUAGAACACCAGAAAGAAAGACUCCGUGCUGGGAGAGCAGUACGGACAUAUAUCCCCGUCCCUGCGGCAACCUCACCGACAUAGAGAAGGAACAACUUCGCGGCAGGACUCGCUCAGAAUGCCAGUACCGGCCGCGCAUCGAGAAGAAACUGAAAAAUUCAUGCGCGGAAAAAGACUUUGACAGCCUAUACUUAAGGACUAAAUCAGUUUGCUCCAACAUUGAUAGAGUGGCAGAAAAAGAAAAUAUAAAAGAAUUAACAGUGAAAAGACAAACUUUAUUGGUGGUGACCAGUGAUUUUAAAGGCAGUGAUUUAAAUAAGACGUUAUCGGUAAAACAGGGUGAUGUAGUGACGCUGGUACAAGGGAAAGGGGUGGAAACUGAUAUGGAUGCUGACUGGUUCUACGUGACGAAGAGGGACGGGAGCCACGGGUUCAUACCUGCAGUUAUUGCUGGGCAUGGCUAUAUUUAAAAUUCGUGUAAGAAGUAAUGAUUUGUUGAGCCAGAUAGAGGCAAUUUGUUUUUUUUUUAAUCAUUAUUUUGUAAUUCCGCAUCCUACAGUUAAUUUUUUAAAACAUUUUGCACAUAAAGAAAACGCUGAUCUGAGGUGGUAUUUCUCUAAACAUAAAUCUAAAAUUAAAAAUCCAAUCACAGUGAAAACAUUAUUUUAAGGAAUUUCUAAUACCUAGAUUUAAUUCAAAAUUAUUGUAAAUUCGCCAAAUUAAGUUAGUAAAACAGUAAUUUGGCGAAACUGUCAAAUCUGGCAGUUUUGUUUUUUAAAUAUCGUUUAAAAAUACAUUUGAUUCAAGUACAAAAACUGUAAUUUGGCAGAUAAAUUAUAACUGAUAAAAUUACAAUACACAAUUAUUUACAGAACCUAUCUACUAUAUACAUACCUUAUUGUAUCAUGUAUGUUAUACAAUAAACAAUAUAUUUUUUAUUCAUAUAUAAUAUUGAUAUCAUUUAUAAGGUCCAAUUAAUAGUUUAUUAUAGAUUUAAUACUGUUUCUCAAGUUCUACCUAUCGAGUGGUCCCAUUAGAAAUCAGCGCUGCAGCAAUACACUGCAGCUUAAGCUGAGUGAGGACCAUUUAAAAUGCUACUACAUAAUUAUUAUUUUAAUGUAUAAAGUUGCCAUUAAAGUUUGUAUGUUUUGUAACUGAAUAAAUUAUUAUUUAUUAUUAUUAUUAUAAAUCUAGUAGACAUUUUGGUUUGUAUUGAUCCUUGGAAUAAAGAUUUCGCUGUGAUGUCAAAUUGAAAUUUUAAUUUUAGUGAAAUAGCGCCUCAGUAUUGCUCCCAAUAUGUAUGAAUGAUAUCAUGUACUGUUAUUUUAAUAGAAAAUAAACGUUCAAACUUUAGCUAUAAUUAUAUGUAAAUAUGGAUUUGUAUAUAUACAAGGGCGUUUUUAUAAUUUAUUGUACCGUCACGGUAUGAUUUUAUCGUUACAAUAUAAUGAAAAACCAAGAUAUAUGUGGUUGACAUAUGUAACACAUUUACUUUUCUAUCCAUGAUGUUAUGUCGUGAAUGUCCCCAACAUCAACAAAAAAUAAGAACUCUUAUUUGAUUGAUAUACAUACAUAUAUAAUUUUGCUUUUCUACCUGCAUUUAACAUUCCAUUGUUUCUGUCUACUCUAAUGGGAGACAAGCGUGACAGAUAUGUAUGUAUGUAUAUAAAUGUGCCUUGUUAUGUGUUGCUGUAAAUUAUAAAAGCGCCCAUACCCUUUUUUCGUUUAGGCAAUCCAUUGCGAGAUAAGUCUAUUAAUGAAAGUAUUCAUUGCAAACUAUUGAUCUGAAUCGAAAUUGAGAAUUUUAAACCCAAUCAUCGCCGGAUUAGAUGCGGUAGAAGCUGGAGGUAGCAGGUAAUUGAUAGAAUUAGUAGGAAUUGUUAUAAAUAAUAAAAAUGUUGUUACAUUGUAA